CAGUCAUCAUCAGUCAGACGUCAGACUUUCGGAAAUAGUAAAUUGUUCUACAAAAUUAUUAUUGGGCUUGAAAAAAGGUGUUCGCAUUGAAGUUACAAUUGAUUCGACAUUUACCUAGCUUGAUUGAAUUAUAAAUUAUAUAUCACGGCAUCUGGUGUCUUAACAAGACUGUAUAAAUACAGUAAUAUAGAUCUGAUGGCACGUGCGGUAAACUUGAGUCCAUCCAAGCCACCCUCAAAUUUCUGUAAUAAUAGUGUUAUUGUGCCUAAAAUGUAAUUUGAAGUGUUUAGUGAAGAGCAAGUGCCGAGUGAGUGGGAGAUGCCCACGACGCCCGCGGAAGCGUGAGACGCCGCCAUGGGGUCCCGCCUCAGAGAUUCUGUGCGGUACCUGUUUGAGUUCUUCUGCGAGGUGGCUCCGGGGUCUGAAGAAAAGGAUCCCUAUAUGAUAAGGAAAUAUCCAGAAGUUUACAAAAACGAACAAGAGUUGAAAGAUCUCCCUAAAUUUACAUUCCCUUGCCCAUUUGAAGACUCAUUUGUGCAACACUAUUCAUUUGUGCUGACGUCGGUGGACUCCAAGUACACCUUCUGUUUCUGUCGCUAUGACAACAAGUCCAACACCUCGCUGGUGCUGCUCUCACACCUGCCGUGGCAUGACAUCUUCUACAAACUGCUGAACUGCAUCGCGUCGCUGCUGGCGGGGCCGAACGCCGGCGAGCUGGGCGCGCUGCUGGCCGCGGUCCGCACGCGCCCGCCGCCGCCCGGCCACUCGCUGCGCGUCACCUACGACGCCGGCGCCAGCGUGUUCGUGUGCCAGCCGCCGCCCGACACGCUGCCAUCCAUACCGGAGAAUUCGCUGCUGCGCGAGUACUACGCGGCUCUCAACCCGGGGGCCAUGGUGGGCGUGUGGGCGGCGCUGCUGGCGGAGCGGCGCGUGCUGGUGACCGGGCGGCGCGCGGGCCGCGUGGCCGCCUGCGCCAUGGCCGCCAACCAGACGCUGUACCCGAUGACCUGGCAGCACAUCUACAUACCGCUGCUGCCGAAGCAUCUGGUGGACUAUCUGCUGGCUCCGAUGCCGUUCUUGAUCGGCGUGCCAAGGGCUGUGCUGGAUUCGGUGCGCGUGUCGGACCUGGGCGACGUGGUGGUGCUGGACGUGGACAGCAGCGAGCUGGCGACCCCGCACCGCGACCUCGAGGCGCUGCCCGCCGACACGGUGUCCACGCUGAAGAAGGCCCUGAGCGACAAGAACGCGCUGGGCGACGGCGUGUCGCGCGCGUUCCUGCGCGCGCUCGUCAGCCUCAUCGGCGGCUACCGCGACGCCAUCAGGAUCUCGUGCGGGGAGCAGAUCUCGUUCUCGGCGGCGCGGCUGCUGGCGGCGGCGCCCCCCCCCCGCCGCGCCUUCCUGCAGCGCAUGCUGCACGCACAGAUCUUCCAGCAGUUCAUCGAGGAGCGGCUUGAGCUGCUGAACUCUGGGCGCGGGUUCAGCGACGAGUUCGAGGUGGAGUGCUCGCUGGCGGCGGGGGACGCGGGGGCGGGGGGCGGGGGCGCGGGGGGCGGGGGGCGCGGCGUCAAGGCGCAGUACAAGCGCUGGCUGCGCGCCGUCACCAGCGAGGGCGGCGCGCUGCUGCGACAGGUCAAGGACAAGGCGCACCCGGCGGUUCAGUCGGCGGUCGAGUCGAUGCGCGCGGGCGGGCGGCGCGUGACGCGGCGCGUGCGCGGCUGGGGCCCGCACGCCCCGCGCUCCCAGGGCUCCCGCGACAACGCCAACCACAGCAGAGCGUCGUGUGGGUCGGCCACGCCGGUGUCGACGCCCGCGUCGUCCCCCCCGCCCUCGCCCCCCGCCUCGCCCCCGCCCUCGCCCCCCGCCUCGCCCCCGCCCUGCGUGGACCUGCUCACGGAGAUGGAGUUCCUGUUCGCCCCGCCGCCCGCCGCCGACCCGCCGCUGGUGCCGGCGCGGCGCUACGCCAUCGUGGCCACGCGGCGACUGGUGGAGCUGGCGGCGCCCGCGCCCCCCCCGCGCCCGCGCCUCCCCGCGCGCCUGCUGCGCGACCCCGCGCCCGCGCCGCGCCCCCCCCGCGCGCGCCUCGCCUUCCAGCGCGAGGGCCGCCUCACCGUCACGCUGCCCGCGCCCCCCGCGCCCCGCCCGCCCGCGCCCCGCCCGCCCGACAACGAGUCAGUGCAGUGGGACCUGAUCCAGCUGGACGACCCGCCCCCCGCGGCGCCCGCCCCGCCCCCCGCCCCCGCGGCGCCCCCCGCCCCCGCCAGCCAGCGCGGCGCCGACAGCGCGCUGCUCCACGAGUAUGGACUCGACUUCACACAGUUCGGCCUGAGCGACCCCCCCGCGCCCGCCGCCACCCCCGCCGCCUGGACCACCUUCAACUAACUACCUCCACUGUGUGAUCGAGGCCAGGCCGGACCGUGGAUACGGACCUACCUACGACGUAUGGCCUACCUCCUGCAAGUCUACUUGUCUAAAUACUCGAUCCAAUCAACGAACCAUAGAGGCAAUGAGUGAGUCAACAGUGGCGUUACCACUUGUCAAUCGGUUCAUAUUGUACAUAAGUACUCACCUCUUGUAUAUAGUGCUACACAUAGUUAUACAUAGAGCUCAAGCUGUCAAUAGUUUACAAAUACCCUUUAUGUUUGUACACUGAUAUAUUUUAUAUGUAUAUGGCCCUAUUUCAAGGUUUUUUAUGUAAAUAACAAUUAUGAAAUUGUAAGGUUAACAAAAUAUUUAUGUGAAAAUAUUUACUUUAUUGUACAGAUAACUUUACUUCUUUUUAUUCGUUGUUAUUUCAUUUUAUAUACAUAUUUGUUUACUUUAGUUAGUUAACUUGUUGGUUAACAGUUUUAGUGAACGUUGUAAGUAAUUCGCUCGAGUACUCGCUUCUACGUCGCCAACGAUAUUGCAUAAAAGUACAACUGUUGAAUAGAGAAAACUAGUUUUGUAAAAUGUAAACAUUGUAAUAUGUAAUUUAAUUUUAAUUUAAGGAGACAUUUUAUUUAUUAUAUUCCUAUUACAAUAAAGGUGCUAUUAUUGCACAAA